AUGUCACAACAUUUCAGGAGUGGACCUGCAUUCGGACUUUCUGCCGAGGUCAAGAGUAAGUUGGCAGGGAAGUAUGAUCCUCAUAUGGAGGAGGCUCUUAGGCUCUGGAUCCAGGAUGUGACCAGCAACAAAAUUGGAGAAAACUUCAUGGAGAGUCUGAAAGAUGGAGUCCUGCUCUGCGAACUCAUUAAUGUUCUCCAGCCGGGUUCUGUGAAAAAGAUCAACCGCUCUAGUCAAAACUGGCACCAGUUGGAAAACAUUGGAAAUUUUGUCCGCGCAAUCACAGAAUAUGGCCUGAAACCUCAUGAUAUCUUUGAAGCCAAUGACUUGUUUGAGAAUGUCAACCAUACUCAGGUUCAAUCCACUCUCAUCGCUCUGGCAGGAAUGGCCAAGUCGAAAGGGUUCCACUCAAAGUACGACAUAGGAGUGAAGUAUGCUGAGAAGCAACAGCGUCGUUUUGCUCCAGAGAAGCUCAGGGAGGGACGCAACAUUAUCGGCUUGCAGAUGGGCACCAAUAAACUUGCCAGUCAAAAAGGUAUGACUUCUUACGGUACAAGGCGCCAUCUUUAUGACUCAAGAAUGGGCAUGGACAAUCCAAUGGACCAGUCAACUAUCAGUCUACAGAUGGGUACAAACAAAGGAGCCAACCAGUCUGGUAUGACAGCACCAGGAACAAGAAGACACAUCUUUGACAAGAAGUUGGAGCUGGAGAACUGUGACACCAGCACUAUAUCACUGCAGAUGGGCACCAACAAAGUUGCAUCCCAGCAGGGGAUGACCACCUAUGGGCUCCCCCGUCAGGUCUAUGACAACAAAUACUGCGCCAACCCUUCUGAAACCUACUUCAACAAUGGAAGUGAGGUUGAGUUUGAUGGCUACAACCAGUACUCUGACUAA